AGUAUAUAUAUAAUAAUAUAUAAUAUAAUCGUUGCACUAUAAACUCAAUUGAUUGGCAGUCUUCUCCUUUCCCUCUGCGAAUCACUUUAGGUGAAUCGUCUCAACCCUUGAAUUUCAAUCAUUAAUCAUUAUUAUUGUUCGUUCUCACAACUCCGCAUCGUAACUGAUGUAUGUGACUUCACCUUACCGUAUUCGACAUAAUCAUAUAAAGAAGUAGAGAGUAGUGAAAGAAUAACGUUUAAAUAAACAAAAGCAAAUGAGAGUAGCAAUCAUUAUUUGCUUUGUUUGUUAAUUACUUUUCCCUCCUAUGACCUUCAACCUCAACGCAAAUACAAUUACAAUAAUUUCCUUCCUGGUCACCUGGAUAAAUGUACAAUGAUUUAAUUAUCUGAUCUGUACUACUGUGUAUUAUCGCUAACUAUGCACAUUCCGCUUUAAUUUCUACAUUUCAUCGAAGAACUUAUGCCCUACGAUUUAAUCCUUGUGUUGUAUUAUUUCAUUAUUUAAAUGUUCCAUCAAUAACAUAUGAUAAUAAAUUGUGUUUACCAUUGCCUAUUCUAAGUGAAAAUGAUCGUGAUAAAAUGACAUAUGCUCAAAUUGUUGACCAAUUAGUACGCAUGUUUGAUAAUUUUCCCAAACAUAUCAAUAAACCUGGAGUUGAUCAGAUUUUAAAUUUUGAUGUAUCUUUAUCCACUUUAAUUCGUAUCCUAAGCGAUUAUAUCUGGAAGAAAUCAGCCUAUUCCUCUAAUGCUUUCCUUCACUCAUCCACAUUAUCAUCAUCAUCAACAUCAUCAUUUUUAUCACCUAAUCUAUCUGGGAAUGUAUCUGGUGUUGUAAUGAAUUCGCAUUCCCUGCAAUCAAACAUCAAUCAUCAUCAUGAUACUGAAUGUCUUCUCAUUACACCGAAGUUGACUAACUCUCAGUCAAAUUUUGAAUUAGUACUUACAAAAGAUAAAUCUAACCAUAGACAAUUUCAUACAGAUAAUUUGUAUGGUUAUCAGUUUCCAACUGUAUUAGAUAUUGACAAUAACAGUGAUAUCAACAAUAAGCAGGACAUUCCAUUUACACUGACUGACUCAAUGAGAACAUCAACAGCAAUUGGUGGUCAUUGUUAUUCACACAAUAAACAUUCAAAGCACAAUAAUAAUAAUCAGGAUGAAAAUAAAGAAGACAAUUAUACUGUAAACGAAAUAUUCUUUCAUAGUAAUGAUUGUAAUAGCAGGUGUAAUAAGGAGUCGAAUAAUUUACUAUCCGAUGCUGUAAUUCCUUGGCCUAAUGCUGAUUAUCAAUAUUCAUCAUCAACGAUCGAUUACUUUAGUAAAAAUAUGAAUAUCGACUAUGAAGAUGUCGAUAGAGUGCUUAAUGUUAGACAUACUCUACAUCAGAAAGAAAAACAUCAUCUCAAUAAUAAUAAUAAUAAUAAUAAUAAUAAUAAUAAUAAUAACAGUAAUAGUCAAAAUGAUAACAGUAUUAGUCCUAAUGAAGUCGAUCUGAAUAUAACACUUCAAGAAAUUGAUUGCCCUGAAGAUUUACACGAUUUCACCGAUUUCUUAACUAUAUCAACAUCAACUAUUUCUCCAUUAUGUCUAUCUUCAUAUACUGAUGAAGAAUUGAAAUUUUUAUCAAAUGAUUUGAUAAUUAACGAUAAUAAUCUAUUGGAAAGUGUUUCUACUACCGUUGUCAACACUACUACUACUACUACUGCCAAUAUGAUAACAAUGAGUGUUACUGAUCCCCCUAUUGUUAUCUUCCCUGAUGAUAAUGCCCAUGACGCCGAUGAUGAUCACUGUACUGAACAAUUGUCUACUCAUAAAUUUAUUUCACAAGAAUACCAAACUUUCGAUCUCAAUGUUCAUUCAACAUCUCAUAAUGAUCGGCAUACUGUUCAUAUUAAUCAUGGGGAUGAUGAAAGUGGAGAUAAUAAUCAGUAUGAGCAAACCAUCAGUGAUGUGCAAGUCAAUCUCAGUAAUGAUAACAACAAUAAUGCACGAAAUAUUGAAAUCUGCUCCCCAUCCAACUAUCAGUUACCUGUCAUAACAGCUGACUAUAAUUGUCCAGUGAACAAAAGUUUUACAUGUGUAGAAAAUGAUCCUAACCAGAAUGAAUCAUCUCAUCAUCCAAUCACUAUAGACAGUGAUGAACAUUUAGGCUGUAAUACAGUUUGGGAUAAUGAUAAUAAUAAUAAUAAUUAUAGGAUUCUGUCGGAAUUGAAACUUUCAGAUGAUCUGUUACGCUGGAUAGUGUUUAUCCGAUUCACUUCAUUAGCAUCAGAUAUACAUUUAUCUAUGGAAAGUGAAGAUGAAUUUAUUCUAUUACCAAAUCAUAAAUCAAGAAUAAUUAGCAAAUCUUUUGAUGAAUCUUUUAGUAAUUCUAUUCCAAAGUAUAUUUCAUCAUUACAUUCAGAAGAUAUACAUUCACAGGAUGUAUAUGAUCCAUCAUUUACCAAUUAUCUGACAAGUAACUUUGAUGAUUAUCCAAAAUUGAAUUUGCCGAUUCGACCUGAUCGAUGUGUAGAUAAAUUAGAGUUGUAUUUAACUCUACAACUGACCGAAUGGAUGAAGAGAAUGGAUUACAAUAAUCAUUUUAAUGAGAAUGAACGAAGUAGAACAGAGCAAAAUUCUGUCAACUAUCUUUUAGAAGCUGAAAAUCAAUUUGAUGGGAUAAAUAUUCAAUUUCUUCAAGAACAAAUGGCUUCAUUGAAAGUAGAUAUUUCUUUACUCAGUUGUGCAGCUGCUUUGGGUUAUUCUGAGCUUAUUUUAAGCCUUUUGCAAUGGGCUGUACGAAGUUACUGUAAUCAAUCAAUAUCAUUCUUUAUUGAUCAUGAUAAUACUGUCAACUCAAAAUUUGAUGUUGAAAACGAGUUGUUUAAAAGUUUAUCUCUACUUUACGAUUUAACUCCAGAUGAUUCCAUAUCUCAUACUCAACCUGGAUUGACACCACUUGGUUUCGCUAUUCUACAUGAACAAUUAAUAACAACACAAUUUCUAGUGAUAUGGGAUCGUGAUACUCUUCAUAGACCUUGUUUGUAUGCCUCAUUUUCAUCUCCUUCAAAGGUGACUAGUGAAUUCACACCAAAAGAUUUAGCACUGGCUAUAAAAAGUGAAGUAAUGUACAACUGUAUUGAACAAUUGGAAAAGGAAUACUUCUCUAAUUCAUAUAAUUAUAAAAUAAAUACUCCUGUUAUUCGAUUAGAACAACUUCUUAACUAUGCUGAAUCAUUGUCAUCAUUAAAUUGUUCCUUGAAUCUUCAUAAUUCUCAUUCAAUCGAUCUAAAGGAAAACAAUUUAAUUUCAAAGAAAUUAACUCCUAUUGAAUUGAAUCUUUCACAAUUUUUCACAGAUUCUAAGGAAACAAAUGAAAAAAUAGUAGAACAUUCAAUUAAUAAUCGAUUACAUAAUUGUUUAUCAGUACAGAAUAAUUUCAGUUUGAGUUAUAAUUCAAAACAGUUCAAUAUGUUAUUUUAUCAUCAGGAUUAUGAUAUGUUAAAAUUGACUAGAGGGAGAGAUGAGUUAUUGAAAAAUAAUGAAUAUACUGAUAAUCAUCGAUUGUAUAGUACACAAAAUAAAGCAUAUUAUUAUAGUAAUACUUUGAACUCAAAUGUAACUGAUGAAAAAUUAGAUCAUAAGAAUGUCUAUACCUGGUGUAAACAGUCACAUCAUCAUCAUCAUGAUCAUUUUGAUCGUGGUCCUCUGUACGCUAGUAUAACAAAUCUGAUGAAGGAUGAUCAUUCACAAAUGUUUUGUUUAGCGGAUAGAAUAAUUGAGGCUAUGCCAAGACGAAUUAUUAAUCUAUCUAAUGAAGAAUGUGAUGGUAUGUCAAAGUGUAAAGAUGAUGGUGAUAUUGGGGAAAAUUUUCAUCAUACCUCUUCAAUUCAAUACUCUAAUUCAGCUUUAAGUGAAAGUAUUGUAUUCAAUCGUGUUCCAGUUGAUCAACAGCCAUCUCAUUCAAUACUUCAUUAUGGACCUUCAUUAUCAACUAGUAAUACUACUUAUUCUAUGCUAAAUACUAAUACUACUCAUUUGAUGAGUACAAAUAAACAACCAAUUAAAAUUAUACCAAAUAUAAAUAAUCAUAAUCAUCAGACUAAAUCAAUUGGUUCAUUUAAUUCUCUUCCAUCGAAACGACCUUAUCCUAUAAAAUAUUACACAUCAUAUGAUAAUUUUACAUAUCAUCAUCGAUUAAAAAAUGCUUUAUUAAGCUUUCAUAAACCAUUGAAUAGGCGAAAAGUUCAACUUUCAUCUAUAAAACAAUUUAAGAGUAAUUUUAAUACCUUAAAUAAUUGUGAUGAUCAUGAUGAUGCUGGUGAUGAUGAUGAUGAUGAAAUCAGUUUUGAAUCAAGCUUCAAUGAACCUGAAGAUAUUACAUCGAAUUCAAUAUUCAAUCCAUCUUUUAGUUCAAAUAGUUGUAUAAGCUCAGAGUUGAAUGGUAUUUCAUCCCAUGAAAGUGAUUAUGAUUAUUGGUAUAAUGAUGAUAAUAAAUGUUAUGGAAGAUCUUUAAGUGAAUUCAAUUUGAAUAGUCCACCACCGUCUACAGCUCAAAUUGCUGAACACUUUAAUGCUGAAUUACCAGGUAAAUUUAUAAUGGAAAGUCAUUUAAGUCGAUUAACUCUUUCUGAUAUGGAACAGAAACGUUUAUAUGAAGCAGCUAAAAUUAUACAAAAAUAUUAUAGAGCUUAUAAAAAGCAUAAUCAAUUAAUUGUACACAAUAAUAGUCAACAGUUAUCACAUAUAUCAUCAAAUUAUGAUGAUAAGAUUGAUGUAAACAAUUUUGAUAUAUCCUCUAUUCAUAAUACUGUAUAUGAUAUUCAUUGUAAUCAUAUUGAACAACAAAUUCAACAUAAUUCACUUGUCAUUGUUGACUGCCCAAUGGAACCCGUGUGGAGUACUGCUACUACUACUACUACUACCACUGCCACUACUAAUACUACUAACAUUGAUGAUGGUGUCUUAUUGAAUUUCGAAAAUGAUACAUCAGUCGGUUUACAAGUUGAAGUGGAAACAUCAUAUGAAGAGGCAAUAAUGAACAAUAAUAAGCAACAAACAACGUCAAUCCUCUCUGAUGAUCAGUUAUGUUUAACAGAACAAUCAAGAUUCAAUUGUUGUUUACAGUCAAUACAUUCACCUGAUUCUUCAGAGCUUCCGCCACCACCGCCACCGCCGCCGCCGCUGGCACCACAGCCACCGUCACCAUCAUUCAAUGGAGCAUGUAGUAAAGAAAUUGAAGCUGCUAUCAUUAUUCAAAGUUAUUAUAGACGUUAUAAACAGUAUGCAUAUUAUAAACGAUUGUGUCAAGCUGCAUUGUUAAUUCAAAAUCGGUAUCGUUGGUAUAUGAAUCAAAAAAAGAAUGGUAAUGGAGUUUCAUCUGGUACAAAAAUGAGAAAAUCAAGAUCAAAUCAGUGUAAUAACUCACGAUACAGGCUCCUGGAUGCUUAAGAUAUCGAUCUGGUAUUGCUGCCGCCUCCACCGCCUGGUUAUCUCCAUUUAACAACACCUCUUAUAUCCCUUUAAUUACUGGUGGUGGUAUCAAUUCACCCAGUGUAACGCCUUCACGUUUUAUCUGUUUCGAGGAGCACUUAAUUGAAUCCUAUGAUAAUCAACAGUACUGUUCAAAUAAUUCUUCAAUUAUUUGAAAAAAAUAAUGCAUACCCUACUUAUCUCUCUUUGAUUUCAUUUCCUCCUUCUCCUCCUCCUCUUCGGCUUCAUUCGUUCAAUUUAUUUGCUGUUAUUGUUGAACAUGUUUGUUGUUUAUUUGACUGUUCAAUGUUUCAGUAUUUUGCAGGUUAGCAUUUACUUUCAAGUUAUCGAAAUAAUAACUCGAAACGAAUAAAAAUUGUAAGAUGGAGAGGGAUAAAAAAAAUGUUUAAAUCUUACAAGCAACCAGUAAUUUUCGCUAUAGUCAACAUGAUAUAUGCAGACUAGUCAGAAAAGUUAUUGUUAGUUGUUUUUCUAUUGCCUAUUUAUCUUCUUGUUUGGUUGUUGUUGUUGUUGUGUUCUGCUCCCCCACGCUCUGUCUCACUGUAACUGUCUUGUCAAAUUGCUUACUUCAUAUCUUUUAGGUCUAUGUACGUGUUGAUUUAUUCACUGAUCGUUGUUACCACCCCUUUCUUCGCUUCUCACACGAUUUGUGUACAACUCUAGUCUGCUUAAUUCCAUGUCAAUUUUUCUUUCGUUUAUUCUACUUGUGUAAUUUUUAUUAUCUUCUUAUUGCUUAAUGUUUCAGUUUUCUGUGUGUGUAUGGUUAGUCUAGGUGAUGAAGAGUAAGGCACAUUGACCAUCGAGUGCAUUUCUCUCUCUCUCUCUCUCUCUGUUUCUUCCACUUUGUCUUCUUCAAGAAAUAAUCACUAAUAGCUGAUUAAAUCUUCCUUCUAUUGUUAUCAUAGACAUCAUUCAUUUUGUAAUUACUUGUUUCUCUUAUCCUGUCUAAUCAAUAUACCACAACUACAACAAUAAAAACAUGCGCAUACAAUCU